AUGGACCUAACCACUCUCAAGACAAACCACUCAAAAAAUCCACCUCAACCGGCUCCUAUUUACUACAAAUCCCUUAUAACCAACUCUAAAAUCCUGUCCCAGUCCUACAGGUUUCCUGAAUCCAAGCUAAAAGUUACCCUAAAUAAAAAUUACAGAAGGAAUGGGAGAACGAAGGUGAAGAAAGGUGAUGUUUAUCGGUAUAAUAUUGAUCCGAGAGCUAAAGGAGGGAUGAGUAAUAGUGCAAAUUCUGUUAAUAAAGCUAAGAUGACUGAUAAAGCGAUACCUUUGUUUAAUGAAUACGAAGAUGUAAAGACAGAUUAUUCUGUAAAGAAAUAAAAUUUCUCCCCCGAGUGCCAUUGGAUGCAACCACCCACAAGAGAAUCAGAAUAAGCAAGAUUUUUAUAAAAUUUUAAUGCAGCUCAAAAGAAGUAAAAAUAGGUCAAUUAAGAGGAGCAAGGUAGAUCACUGGUAUGAAAAUGCUCAAAGGGUUGUAUCUUCUCAAAAUAAAUCAAGGAAGAGAAGAUCUUUAUCUUCUAACAGAUGAUAUACAGCUUCUUCUAGAACUCGCCAACUCACUACAAACUCAUUUAGUACCUCCUUAAACACUUCAGGAUUUAAUAAAUUCUACAAGUCAUCUAGACUAGACCGUCAAAAUACAGUUGAAUCUGACAAGAGACUAAGGCAAAAUUCAAGUUCUAGGUUGCUCCAAAGUAGCCAUUUUAAAUCAUUCACAGCUGAGCCAGUCCCAAGUUCCCCUCGAGAUCUUUGCUCUGACUAUUACGAUAGUGCCAUCCACAAUAUGACCAACAAGGAGCUGUUCACUGAACCAGAAUGGGAAGAUUUCAACCUAAAUACAUCACCUAAAAAGAAACAGAAAGAAAUCCUUGAAAAACUUAAAAGAAAAUAUAAACUGAUUAAGAGGUCUUAUCCCGAACAAGUGCCAAGUUAUGUAAAUGCAGAGAUCAAGCAGUUCUUUAGAGACCUCCAGCACUGGUUUGAGGACAUCUUCAGAGCAGGGAUGUACAUCCCUGAUGCCAAUACUUCCUUAGUCAACUUUGUGGUCUCUGAGAAAGGUGAUAUUUUCAUUCCUUCUGAAAGCGCACAUGAGGCUACAGGCGAUAUGGUUGUACUCAAGCAGAAUUAUAUUGCAAAGGCUAGGUUCAGCCAAGGAGUUCUACAGGAAGGCCAAGCUUGUAUUUUGCAUGUUGCUGGUGAUUACUAUGAUGGAAGAGUACUCACUGAUGGUAUUCCUGAUGGCCAAGGAUCAUUUUACUAUGCAGAUGGCAAAAAUUACGAUGGGCAAUUUGUUCAAGGCAAAAGAGUUGGUAAAGGAAGACUUAAUUAUGCUAAUAAAAGUCAAUAUAUCGGGCAAUUUAUUGAAGACGAAGCAAAUGGAAAUGGUAUCUUUAUUGAUACUAAAGGAAACAGAUUCAUGUCUCUUCAAGCACAAGACAGCUCUGAAGAUUGUGGAUUCUUCAAAAACGGAAAACUCUUUGGACUAGGUGAAAUUAGAUAUGAGAAUUCUAACACCUACAAAGGAAACUUCAAGAACACCAAAAAGGAAGGAUACGGAGUAAUGAAAUACUCAAUUCCAGCAGGUAAUGAAAUACGCACUGGGAUUUACAAAGGAAACUGGAAAAGAGACAUGAGAGAGGGUCAAGGAGAAAUGACUUAUGACAACAUGUCAACUUUUAAGGGAACUUGGUCUAAAGAUGCUAAAAGUUAUGGCACUCUUAUCAACAAUGAUGGCUCUAAAUAUACAGGGUCCUUCUUUGAAGAUGAGUAUCACGGAUACGCCAAACUCACCCUCAGAAAUGGAGUCAUCAUCGAGGGAGAGUUCAUCAAUGGAGAACUUAAAGAUAAAGGUAAAAUCACCUUCAAAGAUGGCCAAAUCUUUGAAGGAAUUAUAGAGCAUUGGGAUAUUGGUGAAAGAGGCUUUCUUAAUUAUCCAGACGGCAGUCAGUAUGAAGGACAAUUCAAAUUUGGCCGCCAGCACGGGUUUGGGAUAUAUACUUCUCAUAAUGGUGACAAAUAUGAAGGAAAAUGGGAAGAAGGUGCUAAAGCAGGAUUUGGCAGAGAAUUCAUUUUCAAAACCAAAGAAUACUACGAAGGUCUAUUUAGCAAAAAUAGAAGGCAUGGUAAAGGGAAACUACUUACCGAUAAAGGAGAACUAUAUGAAAUCCUCUAUUCUAGAGGAGAUCUGAAAAACAGAAGUAUGGUACCUAUCAAGGUAGGAAAAGGCUUAUACAGAAAGCAAGUAGGGAAGUUCUUAGAAGAGAGACAUAUAGUCGAGCCCAAAGUGACUGCGAAUUAUCGCUCUUCCGUCUGUGUCACUAUAAUUCCAUAA